AGCUGGCUAGCGUCGUCGAGUCUACCCUGAACGCGAUUGUCUGACCUGGGACACCCCGGAGCCCAAUCGGAAAUUCAUCCAUCGCUCAGACAGUCUCACUGUCGAUUUUCAUCAUCAACCAAGACAGACGCACACACGUACCAUCGGACCAUAUCUCCCAACCACUUCUCCUCUGCCGCAGAUAUGUCUGAGGAAUACACGCCUUCUUCUCAGGUGGACCUUCGGUCGUCCCCUAGCAACCCCAUCAACCCCAAUAUGCCUCUUCUCGCUGUUCCCCCUCCCCUCAGCAACCUGCCUCGUUCAAAAGCCCGUUCUAGGCGGUACUCUAAGAACCUUGGCGGUCCAAGGAAUGCUGCUGCUGCUCCCCUUCCUCCGCCUGGUCCGCCCGUCAAAUAUCCGCAACCUGGAGUUGAGGUUUCUGGCAUGGCCGCGGCUAGCAGCCUGGCAGCGAGCAGCAGUAACAAUAGCAGUACCCCAAGCUUGAAUUCCUUACCUCGUGACAACUCCAUGACCGUUGACUCGACUUUGCCUUCUUUGACGACCAGCACUUCGCAUUCUAUCCAUUCGACCAAUCCUUCCACUUCGACAGACUCACAACAACCCAUCAUCACGCCGCCUGAUGGCUCCAGCAGCUCUACUGUACCCACUAUUCCCUCUGGAUCAGGGACUGGAGGAGGCGUUCCUUUUCCAAAUUCGCAGUCGUCUCAGUCUGUUGAGCAGAAAAGUAUCACUGCGAAUGCGUUUGGGGAAUCUCUAGCCGAGAGAUUGGGACAGUAUGCUCAGCCGACGGGAAUCACCCAGAUGGCAGAAGCCGCGAGGAGGGGGCAAGCUGGGCUGGGGAUAAGUGUACCUGCAAAACGAUCGACAGAGGAAGAACAUCCACUUUCAGACAAGGCUCUCAAGGCGAGAGGCUACCACACGAUUUUGGCCCAACGACAUCUUUUCCACAUUCCCAGUCGGUUCAACUACGUCCGACCAUUAGGUUCAGGAGCCUACGGUCUCGUCAUUCUGGCCAACGAACCCGCCUCUGAUACGGACGUGGCUAUAAAAUGUGUCACUCGAGUCUUUGAUCAAGUUAUCUUGGCCAAGAGGGCAUUGAGAGAGAUCUCACUGUUGAAGCAUUUCUCAUUACAGGGAGGCAAUAAGAAUCUCUCGGGUUUGGUGGAUCUGGACUCUGUGUGGGAGGGCUACAAUGAAAUCUAUUUUUAUUUAGAGCCUCUGCAAACUGAUCUGCACCACGUUAUCCACAAAUCCAAAGAGAUGCUCUCGCUGGGUCAUAUCAAGUGGAUCUUCUAUCAGAUUCUCAGGGGAAUGAAGUAUGUGCAUUCUGCGAACGUCAUACACCGGGAUCUGAAACCUGGUAAUAUUCUCCUCAACGAGGAUUGCGAGGUCCGAGUCUGUGACUUUGGCUUGGCAAGAGGUUUCUACCCCGUCAAGGGAGAAGAGGACCAGAACCAGCAGUUAUUACUGACGGAGCACGUGGCGACCAAAUGGUAUCGUGCUCCUGAGGUUCUGCUCCAUCAUCGUCGGUACACUACUGCUAUCGAUGUCUGGAGCAUCGGGUGUAUCCUUGCUGAGCUGCUAACGCGGAAGACACUAUUCCCUGGUGAAGGCACAUUGGACCAGCUCAAACUCAUCCUUGGUGUGCUUGGCACUCCUAACGACGAGCUGAUGUCACGGGUGGCAAAUGAAAAGUCUGCUGAGAUGGUCCGAUCGCUGGGACUUUAUGAGCCCAGACCGCUGUCCGAAGUCAUCCCCGAGGCUGACCCGGAGGCCCUCGACUUGCUGUCCCGACUGCUCGAUAUCAAUCCCUUCACCCGGAUAACCGUUCCAGAAGCCAUCAAACAUCCUUGGUUGACGGGCUUACACGUUCCAUACGACGAACCCGACUGUCCCGAGGUCUUUUCGCAAUGGGAGGAAGUGGAAAAGCUCGAUUCGGUUGAGGCGAUACGAGAAGUGAUCACCCGGGAGAUCGAAGAGUACCGCGAAAUGGUCCGGAACCAAGCUUACGAGGACGACUCGGAUGUCUUUUCGGAAGGCUAUACGUCGGGCGAGGACAAUGGCGGCAGUACGCCUGGCAUGUUAGGCGUGGACUCGACUGGUGCAGUCUACAUGACUCCGAUGACGACCUCAAGCUUGGGCAUGUCUCCAAGAGACAGUACAGACGCUUCCGCAACAAUGCCGCCGCAGUAUGGCAACGAGUUGAGUCGGGGUUCUACCUUGGAAAUGGAUAAGAGGCAAGAUACGGUUGUCCGAGGACCGCUCGCACCGAGAAAACGGACCACCUCGAGUAAACUCUUUCAACGUGAUUUCAGUCCUGUUCAAGGGACACAUUCCAGAUUGCCAGAUCAAGAUAUCGCCGUGGAAUCACCUUCCACUUCUAGUUCUACCACUGCUUCUCGAAAGAGCUCUUUCCAUCAACAUCGUCGACCAAAUUCGUCUUUCCUCUUUGGCAGUGGCAUGACGCCAAUGUCUCAAAGACCUAAUACGAUUAUAGGAGACGAAGCGCUGUCUUCGAUGACGAUGUCUGGUCGGAGGCCAAAGAGUCGCACGCCAUCACUUGCGGCUGCAGAGUUUGGGGCUGUGAGGCCAAUCGUACGUGGGCUCAGCAGCAUGAACCUGCAUGAUCUUGGUCAGCGAGCUCGGGAGGAAGGCUGCGAAGAUGCAUUGGCGGGAGGAGACGAAGUCUUGCCCAGGGACGGCAGGCUGGAUCCCGAAGGUAAAGGCGCAGCGCCGAUGUUGGUCUCUCCUAGGGAUGCUCCUCCAAGCGCACAAUCAAACCUGUAGUCAAAAUCACUUGACGUGCUCUUUGACUCUUCCACCCCUUCGACAUUCAUCUUCC